AUGCCUAUUAUUGCAAAUACUCCAGAAGCUGUAUUGGGUCGCACGGACUCGCUUGAUCCGGCCACAACUUGUCGCGGUGUCACCUCCAAUGGGCGGCCAUGUCGCCGGGCUCUGGCGUCUCCAUCGCCAUCAGAGACACCGGCUUCAAAGACACAACAGACCGACCUAUCUGCGAUGUACUGCUGGCAGCACAAAGAUCAGGCAGCGUCGGUUCUGCAGACGAACAGCGGGGCCAACCCUUCGCGAUUGAGGCCCCGUGGCAGUAUCGACACUUUAAUGGAGCGGUUAGGGUUGAUGGAUCUUAACGACGCAGGGACUUCAGACAAGCGGCGCAGGCAGCGGAAACCAACACCAAAGAAGCGGACCAGGCGUACGAUAUGCUGCUGCUUCGAGGUCAUCGAGGAGGAAGACAUCCGGCCGUCGCGGCCGGUCAAUGCUCCAACGGAAAUGCAACAAGCCCCCGCUGGGAAGCUGUCAACACCAACCCCAUCCCUGUCUCCUCACCAGGUUCCUGUUCGACCCAGCAAACCUGGCUCUUCCUCUUCAGGAACAGACGACGACAUUCUCUCUUGGAUUCCGUCUGGCCUUGCGCCGGAGACGACCUCCAACCUCACCGCAGAACUGUCGAAGCCUAUCUCGGAAGCCGACGAGCCAGGCUAUAUCUACAUGUUCUGGAUGACACCGUCGACAUCUGAAUCCAAAGAGCUGCCUUCUUCAGAGACAGCCUCGAACCUCAUGCCGCCAACAACCUCCCCAGGACGUGACCGCCGCGUAAGCGAUGCAAUUCGGACCGCCCGCGAUCUCAAUGCCUUGGCAUCUGCACCAACUCAUGACAGCCCCGGCACGCUCCGAUUAAAGAUCGGGCGUGCUAACAAUGUGCAGCGACGACUCAAUGAGUGGAGCCGACAAUGCGGCCACCAUCUCACGUUGAUCCGAUACUACCCUUACACGCCCUCCACCCCGCAACCAUCGCCAUCUCGACACGGCCGCAGCAAUGAUGACAGUACUGCAACUCUUGUUCCGGGACGCAAAGUGCCCCAUGUCCACCGUGUGGAACGGCUCAUUCAUCUGGAGCUAGGGGACGUGCGGAUCCGCGACCUAGGGAAAUGUCCGGACUGCGGACGGGAGCAUCGCGAGUGGUUUGAGAUCACGGCAGAGAAGGCGUCUCUGAAACGGGUAGACGAUUGUAUUCGCCGAUGGGUGAAAUGGGCAGAAACGCAUUAG